UGAGACGUCAAUGGAAAUAUCGACGCGGAGACGAAACGGCGGUGCGCGGCUAUAUAUGAAACCUACCGCAAUAAGGAAAAUUUGGACCGUUCUCAGUCCGCCAAGAUAAUAUAGUAUAGGCGUGGAAAUAGCUACGAUGCUAGGACCCCGGUCGAGUUCAUGGGCCUUUUCGACACCGUGGGCAGUCUUAGAAUUCCCGAGGGUAUUGCCUGGCUAGAAACCUUCUAUAACAAGAAGGUCUCCAGCAUUGUCAACAACAUAUAUCACGCUAUAUCUAUUCAUGACAGGCUUUGUGCAUUUGCACACACUCCAGCGCAUCGAGAUCCCAGGCAUGGAACUAGAUUUCCAACUUAUGAGAAAUGGCUUCCGGGAGCGCAUUACGACCUAGCACGGCAAAAGUUCAGGUUCUUUCGAUACGACAACCUACGUUCUCGGGUUCUCAACUAUUUUGCCGGAACGGUCGAGCCCAACGACGUGCUUUCUGACUUGGCACUGAGGUGGAUGUUAGAAAGCAUUCGGGAUAAAGACCCGGGGCGGAUGGUGAUCCGAGAUAUCGACCAACACAUUUACGAUGUCAACGACAGACUUCGUCAGCAAGGCCAGAAUGUUGGCAGUGGCGACGUAUACGAGGACUUGUUCAGAUAUCUUCCUUUCGGCAACUUUUAUAACCUUAGCAUCAAAGAUGCUAGGCAUUUUUCGGCGCUCUUCUCCACGAGAAUUAGGAAAUGCUAUGACAAGCUCUCUUGGAAUUGCAUCACUUUGGUGUCGGGAUAUGCUUAUUCCUCACGGUGCAGAUGCCUACAACUAUCGGGCUGCAGAUCCUGCUCUGGGUGAUUUGACGAUCGAAAACCAGGCAUGUUUGAGCGAUGAUCGGUAUCCGUCGAGGUCAUACGACAAGUUUCGAGACUCUCAGUGAGAUUCGGGGAUGGUCAGGCGUCGAAAAGGAUCUUGGUAGCUUUAUCAAGGUACGGCGCACAGCGGUGGUUAGAAGAUGUGCACCCCCGAACAACACAUCUCUGUUCGAGGGCGGCGUCUGAAGGUCCACGCCGAGCUACCGGACCAGUACCCAUAAAGUCACCCAAGUAGCUCUGACUUUGUAAGGCCAACCAGAUGGACCACGAUAACAACAACUACUGAAAAGUAGGGGCAGAGGCUAUAAGCUGCAUACUCUGGAAGGACCGG